CAAAAGUGGAAUUAAUAACGUGUGGAUGAUCUGGGUCUUGAGUCUGAGUCUUUGUUCUUCCUCCAACAUGUUCGACCAAAUCUCACCUUCACUCUUCACUCUCUACUCUCCACUUCUCUCGCGUAGCAGCAGCUAUCCAUGUCUCUUCUGAUCAGAUCCUCCUACGUUUCACACCUCACUCUCUUCCAACCUAGAUACUCAAAAUCAUCCUCCUUCUCCGAUCAAAUCCCCUUCGUUUCUUCUUCUUUUAAUCACAACCCUUUUCUCAAUUUGGUUUAUAAACGAAACCCAAUAAUGCAAUCUGUUUCUUCUUCGAAAAUGACUGUUAAGAGCUCCUUGAUUGACCCAGACGGUGGUGAAUUGGUGGAAUUGAUUGUACCGGAAUCGGAGAUUGCGGCGAAGAAAGCUGAAUCAGAGACGAUGCCUAAAGUGAAGCUGACGAAGAUUGAUCUUGAGUGGGUACAUGUGAUCAGCGAAGGUUGGGCUAGUCCUUUGAAAGGGUUCAUGAGAGAAGAUGAGUAUUUGCAAAGUUUGCAUUUUAAUUCUCUUCGGUUAAAAGAUGGGACUUUUGUGAACAUGUCAUUUCCUAUUGUUCUUGCCAUUGAUGAUCAGACUAAGGAACUGAUUGGUUCAUCCCAGAAUGUUGCUCUUGUUAACCCUCAAGGAGAUAUCAUUGGUUCUCUACGAAGUGUAGAGAUAUACAAACACAACAAGGAAGAAAGGAUAGCUCGAACUUGGGGAACUACUUCUCCAGGAUUGCCUUAUGUGGAAGAAUACAUUACUCCAUCUGGAAACUGGUUGAUUGGUGGCGAUUUACAAGUUUUUAGUCCGAUUAAGUACAAUGACGGUCUUGAUCAUUACAGGCUCUCUCCCAAACAGCUUAGGAAAGAAUUCGAUAAUCGUCAAGCGGAUGCUGUUUUCGCAUUCCAGUUAAGGAAUCCCGUGCACAAUGGCCAUGCUCUGCUGAUGAAUGAUACCCGGAAAAGACUACUGGAUAUGGGUUACAAGAACCCUAUUCUCUUGCUUCAUCCUUUGGGAGGUUUCACGAAAGCUGACGAUGUUCCUCUUGAUGUUCGAAUGGAACAACAUAGCAAGGUUCUAGAAGAUGGAGUUCUUGACCCAGAAACUACUAUUGUCUCAAUAUUUCCAUCUCCAAUGCACUAUGCUGGUCCAACUGAAGUUCAAUGGCACGCCAAGGCUAGGAUCAACGCCGGUGCCAAUUUCUACAUUGUAGGUCGUGAUCCUGCAGGAAUGGGCCAUCCUACUGAGAAGAGAGAUCUUUAUGAUCCUGAUCAUGGGAAGAAAGUCUUAAGCAUGGCCCCUGGACUUGAGAAACUAAAUAUUCUUCCAUUUAGGGUUGCAGCUUAUGAUACAAUCGAGAAGAAGAUGGCAUUUUUUGAUCCUUCUCGUGCAAAAGAGUUCCUUUUCAUUUCUGGAACAAAGAUGCGAACUUAUGCAAGAACAGGGGAGAAUCCUCCGGACGGGUUUAUGUGUCCGAGUGGAUGGAAUGUUCUUGUCAAAUACUAUGCGAGCUUGCAAGAAACUGAAGAAUCAUCAAAACAACAAGCCGUUGUUUCAGCCUAAAGAAUCUAAUUGAAGCUCCUUAGUGAUGAUUUUUAAUGAGGCUUUUGUUUCACCUUUCAUUGCUGAAGCUACUACCUUUGGAUCCAUGUUUUUGUCUAGUGGAAACUCACAAAUGUUUUGCAAACUCGAAACCAAAUAAUGUUCUUGAUGAUAAGAGAAGUUUGUUAAUAAUAAUUUUAAGGUUUCAAUAAAAUUUAACGGUCUCCUCUUUUUCUA